ACACACACACACUGACAUAUAUAUAUCUAUCUCCCACUUCUGCAUCCUUUUGUGUAUUCUUCAUUUCUUCUGAUCUUUGUGAAUGGGUGGUGGGGGGUUUACUGGGAUAAUGAGAAAAUGGGGAGUGGUGGUGAUGUGCAUUAUUGUAAUGGUGAUGGUGAAAGAGGGUAGAGGUGAACCACAGGUUCCAUGUUACUUUAUAUUUGGGGAUUCUUUGGUGGACAAUGGUAAUAACAACAAUAUUGGGUCAUUGGCUAGGGCUAAUUACCUGCCUUAUGGGAUUGAUUUCCCUAGUGGUCCAACUGGAAGGUUUUCCAAUGGCAAAACCAAUGUUGAUGUCAUUGCUGAGCUGCUGGGAUUCGAGAACUACAUUCCACCAUAUGCAGUGGCUAGGGGACGAGACAUUCUCAGGGGAGUCAAUUAUGCAUCUGCAGCAGCUGGAAUCAGAGAUGAAACUGGCCAGCAAUUGGGAGACAGGAUUAGUUUCUCUGGGCAAGUAAGAAAUUACAGGGACACAGUGGAUCAAAUAGUGCAAAUAAUAGGGAAUGAGAACGAUGCAGCAGAUUAUUUGAGCAAGUGCAUAUUCUCAGUUGGACUGGGCAGCAAUGACUACCUCAACAACUAUUUCAUGCCCCUUUACUACACCACCAGCAGGCAGUAUAACACUGAGCAGUAUGCUGAUAUCCUCAUUGACCAGUACACUCAACAACUUAAAACAAUAUACGAUUACGGAGCACGGAAGUUUGUAUUGAACGGAGUGGGCCAGAUCGGGUGUAGCCCAAACGCGUUGGCCCAAAAUAGCCCUGAUGGUAGAACCUGCGUGGAAAGAAUCAACGCGGCAAAUCGGAUAUUUAACCGCAAACUGAGGGCACUUGUUCACGACUUAAACUUCAAUACACCAGACGCAAAAUUCACCUACAUUAACGCCUACGAUAUGUUCCAGGAUAUAGUAAACAACCCCUCUGCUUUUGGAUUUAGAGUAACAAAUGCAGGAUGCUGUGGGGUGGGGAGGAACAAUGGGCAAAUUACAUGCCUCCCAUUGCAAAAUCCAUGCCCCAAUAGAAAAGAAUAUUUGUUUUGGGAUGCUUAUCAUCCUGGUGAAGCUGCAAAUACUAUUGUUGGAAGGAGAUCUUACCGUGCCGAGAGCCCAUCUGAUGUAUACCCAUAUGAUAUUAGUCGUCUAGCCCAACUUUAGUCUAUAAUUAAUUACACAAUAUUAUCAUCAUAAAUUAUCUAUAUUUUAAAGAUUAUAAUUUUGUGCAAUAUUUGAUUGUAUGUCGUGUAUUGGAAUUGUGAUUAUAAUGCAUUCGAGUUAAUUUUA